UCGAAAACGGCGUUGCGACGCCAUGUAACCAUGGUGAGGCGUCUAGUUUGCUUCCAUUUAAAUACUUUGCACUCGACACAUCAGCAGCUCUUUCUUAGUGUCGCUUUUCUACAAGCGCUCCAUUGGUUAAAAAUGCUAAAUUCCCUCUUUAUCAACCACCAGGACCAAAAGGAGGCGUUGGCCAUCGAAAGAAGGCGCCGGUUCGAGGAGUCCCGGAAGCAACGUAUUUUCAAUGCACGCCGUCGGAUCAUCGGGGUCGACACUGAUGCGUUAGGAUAUCAGGUGCAAGAGAAGCAAGAGGCCCUACAGGCGGAAUCAGAGCAAGCCCGUAAGCUCGCGGAGGAAGUGCACCGGCAGGAGCAGGUGUUGCUGUUGAAGCAACGCGAGCAACGCCAGGAACGCAUUCGACAGGAAGAUGAGUUGAACCGUUUCCGGGCAACCCACCAGCGGCCGGAGCAGUCGAGGGAUUUCGAUCUGUUCGAUCCGGACGGGUUGAAAAAAGAACUGCCCGCUCGCACCGGGGACGAUGAUCCGCGCCUGAGCGUUUCCGGUGCUCAGUUGUUCGAUGGUGAGGAUCUCCAGGAACGUCACCGGCGUAAGGUGCAGCGUGAGCAACAGCGCUCCUGGUUGGAACAACAGAUACGAGAAAAGAGGCAGGCCGAAAUAGAUCGGAGGGCAGCAGAGCGGUUUCUCGAGGAAACUCUCAUGUCCCGCGAGGCUCGAGUCCACCAGUUAAACGCGCAGGAACGCUAUGCGCGCGAGAAAAUCCAGGAAGCCGUCAACGAGUUUAACCGCCGACUCAUGCACGAGCAGGACCAGCAACGCCGGCGGAAGGAUCGCGAAGAACAGGAAGACAAUUUGGCCGAAAUCUACAACCAUCUGACGAGCGAUCUGCUGACGGAAAAUCCGGACGCGGCCAAGAGUAGCUUUGGUCCGAAUCGUGUAAUAACGGCACAGUACAAGGGUAUGUCACCCGAGGAGCUGGAACAGAUCCGCCAGCAACAGGAGCAACAGCUGGAGGAGCUGAACCGCAGACGACAAGAGGAAGCAAACACGCGUGAAUCCUGGGAUCGUUUGGCCAAUGAUUUCGAUCGUGCGGUGACGAUGAAGGAACGAGAACUGAUGCGCCGACGGCACGCGCUGGCUGAACAGAUACGACACGAAAACCAUCAGCUAGCACUGGAUCAGCAGCGAAAGCUAGCGCAUCUCGAUCAGGUGGUCUAUCAAAACCGUCCGACGCAGGCCUACUUCGAUCAGUUCAAUACCUGCACCAGAUAAGCGACACUUGGACGCCAUCCGUACCAAGAUCUUCUUUUUUAAUACUCCCGAGCCUACUAUGACUAGCAAUAAAUUCCGUGUGUAACGGGGCCACAUAA